AUGGAGAAAAUAGAUGACAGUUCAAUAAUAUCUAUUGUAAUUGAAGAGGAAAAUCAACCUGACCGAACAGCUGAUGUGGUUCCUACCAGCAUUUUGGAUGAAGAAAAUCAGAAUGAUAAGACAUAUGUUCCUGAUAAUUCAUCAAGUGACACAGAUGACAGUUAUGCUGAUACCGUGUCUUCGUCGCCAGGAGAUGGGAAUCUUGUUCAUCAGCAGUGCAAAGAGCGUUUACAAGAAAAACGUGUUAGGCGCAAGCCAGACUUUUAUAGCGCCGACAUGUGUGUAGACAUAUCAGAUGAUGGAAUUUCCUUUAGCGAUGCAAUAAGCGGACAUGAAAAAAAACAGUGGCAGUGUGCAAUGAAAGAGGAACUAAAAUCCUUUCAAGAGAAUGACACUUGGGAGCUAGUGGAUAGACCUAAAGACCUAAAAAAGUCUAACAGUGAAAGUUGCAAAGGGCUUUACUCAGAAAAAAGGCAUAGACUAUAA